UUUGGAGGGUUUUGGCGUGAAUCGCUCGAGGCGUAUUCAUUUGCGUACACGGAGGACCCUCCCGGAUAUAAAACUGCGAGUUAGACUUUGGUUUCGGCAUCAGUCCACUUCAUCUCAAGUCAACAAUAUAAACAAGUGAACGUCAUGUCCCUGCAAAACAUUUUGGUUGUUCUUUUGUUCUCAUUGUCCGCAGUUGUUGCCCGGCCAGCUGAAACGCCCGAAACGGUCGAUGCCCGUCAAGGUUAUAAUUUAUCCAAUCAAGGACAGCAGAUUGGUGUUCCCGGCGCCAAUUUCCCGUCCAUUCCGAAUUUAAUUCCCGCAACUUAUCCGGCCACUCCAAUUGGAUCAGUGGGAGCUUUCCCUGCCGUACCUGUUGCGUCGCCUGGAGCUUAUUCGACCGGAAGCAACACUCGUCCGGCUUACGGCUACGACAACGCUUUCCCCGAUCAGGUCAAUUUCUCCGGAGCCGAUCCUAACCGCAACACGGCUGCCAGUGUUUCAGCUCCUAUUCACAAUCAAGUGAAUGGAUUGAUCCCCAACAACUUGUCAGGCAUCUCCGCCAACGCCUUUUCGUCCGUUUUGUCCAAUUUCAAAGUCUAAUCAUCAUGUCUCAUUCUCCUCCACGGUUAUUAUACGUAAAUUGCUUCACUCGAAAAAAUAUUCCUGAAUUGUUUGUAUAAAUCAUGUUAACCGUACCGUCAAUAAAAUGUUGCAUUUGUUGUUGUUACAAAA